AUGAAGAUGGCGGCAAAGGUGAAGAAGGAAGCCCCUGGCCCUGCUAAAGUCGAAGCCAAAGAAAAGGCUUUGAAGGCCGAGAAAGCAGUGUUCAAAGGCGUCCACAUCCACCAAAAAAGAAGAUCUGAUGUCACCCACCUUCCUGGCGUCAGCCAAACACUAUGGCUCAGGAGGCAGCCCAAAUAUCCUCAGAAGAGUGCCCCUAGGAGAAACAAACUUGACCGCUAUGCCAUCAUCAGAUUCUCCCUCACCACCGAGUCAGCCAUGAGGAAAAUAGAAGACUACAACACAUGGGUAUUCAUUGUGGAUGUCAAGGCUGACAAGCACCAAAUUACACAGGCUGUGAAGAAGCUCUAUGACAUUGAUGUGGCUAAGGUCAACUCCUGA